CAUGGGGCACAAAUUUCCUUCUCUGGUUGUUUUAAAAUCCUUUCACAGGUCACUGGCACACAUUAACAUCAGGUAGCCUUGGGUGCUGUAAGAUGAAGGGUGGUGCAAGGAGCUGCUGUGGGACGGUAUCUCUUACUCACAUCAACAGAACAAGUUUGUUUGCUGACUUAGGUUUCCUAUAAGAGUCAGAAACACCUGCUCCUCUGUUAGUUCAGAAGAGGGGACAGUUUGCUCACUGGGAGAAGGAACAGGCAGAGAUGGCUGCAACUACUGCUGAGCCUAUGGGGAGCCUGCCCAGCGGACUGGGGAUAUGCACCACGGCCCCGGAUAUAUUUUACCUGCCUGAACUGGUGUUUGGUGGUUUGGUGUGGAUCCUGGUGGCGUCGACCCAUGUGGCACCACCGAAUCCUCUGGGCUGGGUGAUGUUUGUCUCUGUCUUCUGCUUCGUCAUGACCUUCCUCUGGAUGAUCAUCUUUGCUGCUGGAGGUCAUAAAAACAGCUCUGGCUGGGCUGCUGCUGACUUUGCUUACCACGGACUUGCAGCGUUCUUCUACCUCAGUGCAGGAGUGGCUUUAGCAAACAUCACCAUUAAUGAAAAACAAUCAGACACAUUUAAAAACUACCAGAUUGACAUCGCUGCUGUGGUGUUCGCCUACUUAGCCACACUCCUCUACUUCAUCCAUACCAUCCUGUCCUCCAUCCGAUGGAAAAACUUCUGAAGAGUGAUGUGUAUCCAAGAAGUAGGCUACUGUGCAUCCUGUGUGCCUCUGUGUGUGUGUGUGUAUAAUUCAUAAUGAAGAUUUUAAGCCUCAUAUUUAAUAAUAUUAAGUGAAGGUUGAGUUGGUGGAGAAGCGUCCUACAAAAUUAAAGCAUGAAUAAUUAAAGCAAAUGAGUUGUAUCCUAGAAAUGUCAAAUGUAAACAUUUUUAGCCACUAAUCAUUUAACAUAAAAAUUAUCAUUAUAGCAUUAAAUUAAAUCUCAUACUUUAUGUUUCAUUAUAGUAUCAUCCAUGUUGAGCCUUUAACAAACAUUAUAUACUGGAUUUAUACCAUAAACAAAUAAAAAUGUUUUUUAUGUUGCAACAUAAUUACAUGUGGGCCGAUAGUUUUUUGAAAAAUAACCCAAAACAACCAAAUAAAAAAACAACAUCAAAAAAUUAAAUGGUGAGCUGAGUUUAUAUUGUGUACAGAACAUGUUAAUAUUGAUGUAAUCAGUGAGUUAGGAGGUUCCUGAUGAUUUAAUGAAGGAGUGUACACUAGCACUGAAAUGGAGCAGAUGGAGAUAUGAGCAGAGAAAAAAAAAAGAAGUGUGUGGAUAAUAUUCAAAUAUAACAGGUAAUAGGUAGUUUGAGUGCUUAGUGACAAUGCAGCGCUAUGACGUUAAAUGAAUAGUUAAACAUUUUGGACAUAUGUUUACUUGCAGAGUUAGAUGAUAAGAUUGAAUCUACACUAAUGUUUGUCUCUUAUAGGCUAUAAGCUACUGCCAUGAUCCAGUUAGCUUAGCUUAGCACCAACACUGGAAACGGAGGGGAGAAACAGCUAAUCUGCCAAGGUGUAGCCUACCUGCACAUCUAAAGCUUCUGAAUGAACAUGUUAUAUUGUGUUUGUCUAAUAUAUUCCAAAACAACAAUGAUGUCCUGGAGCUUUCACUUGAUGCCUGGCAACCUAACGGGAAGUUACUGCUCCCUGCACAGAAACACUGCCACAUUAAAACGCUAGUAAUAUAUAUAGGGAUACAACAUGUUAAUUAAUUAGCUUUAGAAGUCCUGAUAGGUGGAUUUCUGUUGCCUUUGGACAGAGCCAGUCUAGCGGUUUCCCCCUGCCUCCAGUCUUUAUGCUAAGGUAAGCUAGCUGGCUACUGGCUGUAGCUUCAUAUUUAAAGGAAAGUUAUGAGAGUGGUAUCGAUAUUCUCAUCUAACUCUUGGCAAGAAAACCCCAAAUAAAAAUAAAACAUAUUUUCACUUACUCCUAGUGUUAUUUAGCAAUGCAGAUAGAUUCAGAUUUACAUUCCUGGGCUUUCUAUUUCUUUCUAAGUGUUCACAGUGAAAUGUGUGGAUAAUUCACAGUAACCAAGAAAUUGUUCCUAGCAAGAUAAACUGCUCUUGGAUUUUAAAAAAGCUCUGUUACAGCAGCAGAAACCUCGGAGAUAGAUAUCUCAAAACCUUGUCAAAUAAAAUAAAAUAAUGUGCAUUGGUAGCUAGAUGAAAAUAUGUUUUUUAUGAUUUGGGUGAACUAUAAUAAACAGACUUUAUUACAUAGUGUGUUCUUAAAUUCAAACAGUUGCCUCUUGCUGCCAUCCGAGCCAUAUGCUUUCCCUUUGUGAUCAGACUGACAGACGUUUGUUUCUCUACAGUAGCUAUAAAGAGCCAACUGUAAAAAACUUCUCACUAAUUUUCUGAUUUUUACUGCAAAUUAUUUUUUCUUGUUUUUCUUUUAUGUAGAAUGAUUGCCAACAAAUCAACAGUACUUAAAGGAUGGUGUACUGUAUAUUUUAGGUACAAGACAUCUGACUCAAAUAUGUAUAGUUUUGUCUUUUUGUUUUCAAGAUUUAAACAAUUAUAUAUGUAAACA